AUGCUUUAUAAAACUAAUACACCUUGCGGAUUGAAGGCAGGUAGUAUGAUUCCAUUAUCCAUAGCAACCUAUGCAACGAAAAUUUUUUUGCGAGAGUACAACGUCAAUCGAAUAUUUUUAUCGAAUAUAGGUCUUUGGCCAUUUCAAAAUAGACUGACGAGAAAUUUGUUAUGGACUUUCUGUUUUUUACUCGAAAUAAGUUAUUGUCCGUUCGAGAUAUUACUAUUGUAUGAUCACUGGGAUAAUACGCAAACAAUUUUUGAAGGUUUGUACCAAAUAGUUCUAUCCGCCUCUUUCCUUGUGAGAAUAAUGAAUGAAUUUUGGAAUCGUGAUAAGAUACGACGAUUAUAUCAAACUAUUGAUGAACAUUGGAAUAUGUUUACGAAUGACGUCGAAGUGCGAAUUUUAAAAGAUUAUUCUACGCUGUCGCGAAAGUUUACGAAAUAUUAUGCGAUGCUAAUGUAUGUCAUGAUGUCAGGAUUUAUAGUGAUACCAUUAACACCAGCAUUUCUAGACGUAAUAAUGCCCGUUAACGAAUCAAGACCACGAUUCCUCGCGAUUGAGGUUGAAUUCAGAGUAAAUAAAGAUGAGUACUUUCUAUUAAUUUUUUGUUAUACUACAGCCAUAUGCGUGGUGGGUAUAAGUAUCAUGGUGAGUGUUGAUGCGAUGCAUAUCACAUGCACUGCACAUGCAUGCAGUUUAUUUGCGGUUGUCAGUAAGCAAGUUGAAAAUAUAAUUUCGAAAAUAGAUAACAAUAAUGAAAAUGAAUAUAGAUAUCUCACUACGGAACUUAAUCUGUCGAGUGAGGAAAUGAUAUAUCGUGAAUAUAUAACAUGUCUAAAAAAACAUCAACUUGCUAUAGAAUUUGUUAACAUAUUGGAAUCCUCUUAUCAAGAGCUAUCAUUAGUUUUGCUAAUAUUGGUUAUUGCAACUUUAAGUCUGAUUGGAAUUCGAAUCGUCUAUGUGUUGAAUCAAUUGGAAGAAACUACAAGAUUUAUGUUCAUAAUCAUGGGAGCAUUGAUGACAUUGAUGAUCGUGUGUUACUCUGGUCAGAGAUUAAUGGAUGAAAGUCAGAAUGUAUUUUAUCGAGCAUAUGCAGCAAAGUGGUACAAUUUUUCACCUAGAUUAAAAUCUCUACUACUUAUAACUCUUUAUAGAAGUAAUAUACCCUGUGGAUUAAAGGCAGGCAAUAUUGUUCCAUUAUCCAUUGCAACUUAUGCGACGGUAGUACGAAUGGGUAUGUCUUAUUUCACAGCGUUUUUAUCACUUAAAGAUAAGUGACUAUCAAUUUUUCCGUUAGUUCAUCAGCAAUAUGUUUUCAUUUUAUCUCAUUAUCAAUAAAAAAUAAUAAGAAAAAUGUACGCCUUUGUUUAUUCAAUAAUGCAAUAAUGCAGUUUAUUAUUUGAGUAGAAGUUUAUUAUUUGAAUUAUUAUAUAA